AUGAAGCGCGGUGCGCUCAUCCUUUCGUUUGUCCCCUUUGCCUUCGCGUGUGUCAGCCCAGGUAGCCACGCCUGUGCAUCAACCUAUUCAGCUUCCUCUACUGCAGCUUCUAGCUUCUGUGCCACCUUCACGGCAAGCAUGAUCACAGCAACCACGGGCAUCCCUGAGGCCUUUCUUAGCAACUGCGACUCUAGCACGAUAUAUUUAUCCAGUGCAUGCAGCUACCUAGGUACUGCUGCAGCCCCAACCGUUGCAGCUUCAUCCAAUGUGAUCCCCGUCUAUCCUACGUCAGUAGUUCCUACUUCUGCGCCUUCUGCUCUCGUGACGAACACUGCCCAUAUUGCCAAAGUCGCAAAGGCUGCUACAUCUUCUGCUGCAGAGAUACCCACUUCAGAUUCGGUACCAACAGCCAGCUCAUCCUUUGCUGGCAAUGGGGGCAUGACCUGCACCGUCUCUGAGUACGCUGCGAUCUCGUCCGCUGUCGCCACACUUGAACUCCACAGCCUGUGGACAGGUGCUGCAGUGAUCUUCGCUAGGAAGACCACAUCCGGUGAUACUGUGGAUAGUGGCUUCGAUCCUAUUGUUAUCUCUGGCACCAGCGUUACCAUCACCGGUGCUAAUGGUCACGUCAUUGAUGGCAAUGGCUUACUCAUAUUUCUUAGGCCGGACCACUUCAUCGUCGUCAAGGACAUGUACAACCCUCGCAUUGAGAACCUCAACAUCCAAAACUGGCCUGUCCAUUGCUUCGACAUUGAGAGAACCGAGCACCUCAUCAUCUCCGGCUUGACUCUGGACAACUCCGCCGGUGAUGCCGUUAACAUACACAACCAUGAUGACUGUGUGGCUGCCACGAGCGGCACAGACAUUGUUGUCAACGGUAUGUACGGCUACGGUGGUCACGGGCUCCGUAUAGGCUCUAUCGGCGGCAAGAGUGACAAGACCGUCAACGGGGUCACCUUUCCGAACUCCCAAUUCCUCGGUAGCCAAAAUGGAUGCGGAACCAAAACCAACUCCGGUGAGAAGGGUGACGUCCAGAAUAUCCUGUACCAGAAUAUCACCCUGUCUGAUAUCACCGAGUAUGGUAUCGAUAUCCAACAGGAUUACCUGAAUGGCGGUCCUACCGGUGAACCCGCCAAUGGAGUUACGAUUUCCAUUGUCACCUGCGGUAGAGGCGAUAGUUGCACUAUCCCUCGACCAGAUAUCCAUGAUUAUAGAUAA